AUGGGCUCCGUCGUCAUCCCCCAUCUUAAGUCGGGAUGGCACGUCGACCAGGCCAUCCUCGGCGAGGAGGAUCGCAUUUGUGUGAUUCGAUUCGGUCGUGACUGGGAUACCCAGUGUAUGCAACAAGACGAGGUCCUCUACAAGAUCGCGGACAAGGUCAAGAGCUUUGCAGUCAUCUAUGUUUGCGAUAUUGACCAGGUGCCCGACUUCAACCAGAUGUACGAGCUCUACGACGCCUGUACCAUCAUGUUCUUUUACAGAAACAAACACAUCAUGUGCGAUUUCGGAACUGGUAACAACAACAAGCUGAACUGGGUACUGGAGGAUAAGCAAGAGCUCAUCGAUAUUAUCGAGACCAUAUAUCGUGGUGCCAAAAAGGGUCGUGGUCUCGUUGUCAGCCCCAAAGACACCGAUACUAGUCGACGACAUAGCACACCCCAGCGUCUGGGAAGCACAGGAAACUGA